AUGUCAAUUGUCUUCGGGGGUGUGAUUUUCCAGAAUCGGAUCCGCGAUUAUAAGAGUGACAUUGAGAGCUUUGUUUUGCAUGCGCUGGCCGAGCUGAUCACAAAUGGCGGUGCGACCACAGCGUCUGAUCAGAUUCGGUACUUGCCAGAUACAGCCCGGAACGUGGUUAGGGAUCGAUACAACACUGCCCUUCGGAGCGAAUGGAUUUUCUACACCGCGCUUGGUGGGGCAGCGCUUCUGAUGAGCUUGGGUAUCAGUAAACAGCUCCUCUCAAGGGAACACAAUAUCAACAAGACGGGUCUCGACGUGCAAGAGGCGAGUCGGCUGGAAGAGCUGGAAAAAGAGAACAAGACAGAGCCAACUAGCGCGGUAUAA